CCCAGGGGGCGCUGUGGGCGCCUCCGCCGCAUUGCCGGUGGCUCCCCCGGGGAGGAGCCUCUCCUGCAGCUGCCACAGCCUCCGCCUUCGCAAACCCGGAAGACGCCUCCGGCAGCUGGACUGUGCGGGCUGGCCCUGCACGGCCAUGCAGCCCCUGGACGUGGGUCUGGUUCCCGUUCAAGCGAGGGAGCCGAGACUGACCCGCUGGCUGCGGAGAGGCAGUGGGAUCUUGGCGCACCUGGUGGCUCUGGGCUUCACCAUCUUUCUGAUUGCGCUGUCCCGGCCAGGAACCAGUCUUUUCUCCUGGCAUCCAGUGUUCAUGGCCUUGGCGUUCUGCCUCUGCAUGGCUGAGGCCAUCCUAAUCUUCUCGCCUGAGCACUCCCCAUUCCUCUUCUGCUCCCGAAAGGCCUGGAUCCGGCUCCACUGGGCAGGGCAGACCCUGACCAUCCUCUGUGCCACCCUAGGCCUCGGCUUCAUCGUCUCCAGCAAGAUCCGCAGCGAGCUGCCCCAUCUGGCAUCCUGGCACAGCUGGGUAGGCAUUCUGACGCUGCUGGCCACUGGCGCUCAGGCUCUGUGUGGGCUCUGCCUCCUCUUUCCCCGGGCAGCCAGGGUCUCGAGGGUGGCUCGCCUCAAGCUCUACCAUCUGACAUGUGGACUGGUGGUCUACCUGAUGGCGACAGUAACGGUGCUCCUGGGAAUGUACUCAGUGUGGUUCCAGGCCCAGAUCAAAGGCGCAGCCUGGUACCUGUGCCUGGCACUGCCCCUCUACCCAGCCCUGGUGAUCAUGCACCAGAUUUCCAGAGCCUACUUGCCGAGGAAGAAAAUGCAAAUGUGAGUGCCUCCUAACAGAAUUCCAGAGGGACACUCGCCUUGGACCUCAGGGGCUCCUUGGUGAACUUCAAGGGAUCAACUUUAGCAGUGUUGGAUUUUUGUACUUCGUAACCAGGCCAGGGGCUGCAGAAACGCAAGCAUGUAUUAUUGAGCGAUGAUUCAGUAGGCAAAAGUGGGCAAGAGCACUGGGCACAAGUGGGAGGUGAUAGAGAACUUGAGCCUGAGGCCUCUACUCUUGGUGGGAGGCAGAAGUAUUAGGCAGUGGUGGUGGUAGUGGUUUCUUAUUUGCCUGAUGAACAGUUGGAUUUGUGCACAUUAUGAAUGAAAGACACAGAUGUUUAAGUCGCUUUAGGGAAAGCAAAGUGAUACAGUGGAGAAAACUCAUGGGUCUUGCUUGUGGUCCUCUUAGGUUAUUGUGCAACCUUAGGUAAAUUCUGUAUCUCAGGACUUGGAUGGUUUUAAACUAUCUCUAAGUCCCUUUCAUCUCUAACGUUCAGUGUUUUCCAAGCUGGUGGCACCGAACCCACUCCCAGCUCUGUACUGUAUGGACCACUUAGCAGCCUGAUGAUACAACUUUCACAUUCAUUCUCCUUUUGCUCCCUUGAGAAAGACAUCUGCCCUUGUAGCCCUUCAGCAGGCUUGCUGACCUAGCUCUUGGGAUUUGGAUUCAAGGGAUCUGGCACUGUUGCAUAAAGGCGCCCAGGGGAAUGUCUCCUGGACUCCGAGACAGCAAAGGCACUAAAGUCACUUUAACAUUUUGAAGGUGUGAAGUUGCAUUGGCUUAACCAAGCCCUUAGCUUCUGAUAGGAUCCUUGGCUCAGCUAAGAACUUCCUUUAGCCCACCUCAGGACCUGGCCUGCAACACCCGGAUGUGCUCCUUUCCCUGACAUCCAUUCUCAGGGCAGAGCAGUCUUGGGCAUCUCGUGUUUUACUCUCCUUAGGGCUCAGGGUCUCGUCUUAGCACACAGCUUCAUGGAACUACUCUGAUGCUUUUAGAGCAAAAUGAGGACCAAAGAAGUGGUCAGAGCUCUGCUCAUCAAGGAGAACAAAGCCUUCUUGGUUCCCUUUCUCUCUUUGUCAUCUAAGCUUUCCUAGGUUGUCAUCUCCUGUCAGCUCUUUGACCUAAGAGAUAGCCCCAUCUGGCCAGCUGGCAGAUGAAGGCUGGGCUGUCUUCCCUGUAGAAAACCUUUCUUGUUCCAACUGAAACGAGUUCCCCAAACUGCCUUCAGUGGCAAGGACUGGAUGCCAGGCUGGUUAGCUGUAGCCCAGCACCUUCGGGGCAAUGAGACCUCGGUAGAUCUCGGAAGGACUGAAGACAUCUGGCUUUCUUUACACAGAUCCAACCCAUGGGAAACUGGGAGGCCUGGGAUGGGCCAGCACUCCACUUCCUGUGAGCAGGGAGAGGCCUACUUUGAUGUCACUUAUCUUACAUGUCCCAGGCCUGCUGAAGCUUCAGGGCUUCCUCUCCACAUGACUCAGAAGCAGGCAGGCUGUGUGAUUUAAUAGCACAGGAAUGAGAUGAUGAGAGCAGAAGUAUCCUCAGUGGACCUGCUUUAUUUCUCCUGGGUGAGAUGGCAUCUUCUAGGAGCUCUCUAGGUGCUGAGCACCCAAGGGCUGUGCAGAGGGUGACUGUCCUCUCCACCUCCCACUGCCCAACAUGGUGCAAAGUUAGAAUUGAUAGUUACCGGAUUGCAUGGAGAAGUUUCUCACCUAGGGUCACUUGGAAACAGGGAUUCCACUUCUCUCCUGAUCAUGGCCAGUGCUGGCGGCUGACACAGGGUGAGAGGGCCUGCUAAGGUUCGUCAGCCUGCCCUGAGUAGCAGGCAAUGCCGGAAAGCCAAGCCUGCCUGAGGUGUUGCCUCCUCCCAGGUGGUGUGGGGGCUGGUGGGCGGGCAGGCGGGCAGGCGUGCUGACAGCCGGCAGUUUGCGUGGGCUGUGCCAUCUGAUGUCUAUUCCCAGCCCUGGGAGGAAGGGGAAUCAUUUAUAUUCUGCAGGAGGAAAGGGACCCAUCUGUCGCCUCUCUGCCCAGCAGGCCUGGAGGGCAGGGGCACAGGGCAGACUAGGGCUGAGGUCUGCUUGGCCCAGUCUGAUUGCAGUAUAGGGAGCAGGUCACCAGCAGGAGCUUUUUUUCCUGGGAGGCCAGAUUGUGGGGGAAGCCUCCCUCCCCUCCCGUCUUUCCAUUUCGCCCUCUACCACCACCUGUCUUCACAUCCUGGGGCAGCAGCUGGACAGCCAUUAGACCUCAGUGCCAGGGCACGCUUCCUGCAGCUGGGAGCUCAGUGGCUGCCCACAGCAUAUGCCUCCCGGCUGUGAGCUCCAUCCUCCCCCUCCCCCUUCUAUCUCCUGAUGGUUGGGUACUAGCUGGGCUCCUCAGCCAGACAGAGGCCUCAAGGGAGAAGCAAAAUGGCUGCCCCUCUGCCCUUGUUCUCUGACAAGGGAAAACUGCUCUUAGGAAAAAAAAAAAAAAAAAAUCUAGGGUGCUAAAAACCCCCUCUUAUUUGCACAGAUUUCCGUAUCAGGCUUCCUAAGUCUUGAUUCCAUAUUUGAUUGUGUUCCAAGUUUGAUUAUGUGUACACUCAACCUUGAGGACAACAGAGACAUAGAUGGCAUUGCACCCAAAUCCAAGCGCUAAUGGGAUGGCUGGUCUGGGCUUUGAUGGCGCUCACAAGGCUCCAUCUUUCCUGCCCUUCCUGUGAGCCUUUCGGGGUGGGGGUGGUGUGCGCGGCAGGAGCUCAGUGUCUGUGGAAGUCGUCCAGCCUCACUGUGGCUGUCAGCUCCACCGCCGCUGUCACUUCCGGCUGCUACCUCCCCUCCCCGCUGCCCCCAAGGCAGGCUCCCCUUCCCCACUUCCUGACGCUGGCCUGUCCCAUCUCAUUUCCCAUCCUGGCACCCCCAUGCAUGGCUGCUGUGGGUCUUGUUUUCCAGCCUCACUAUGGGAGAUCCAGGCGUCCUCCCUGAGCCAGCUGGCUGCCGUGCCAGGGCCUGUUUGGAGUUAAUAAUAAUCAUUAGCUGAAUGGUGCUGGGGCCGCAGCUCCAGAUCCCUAAGCACUUGCAGGCUGAGUCAGCCAGCCCUCACUUGCCCCCUCUUCCUGGACUGCAGAGUGUGACAGAAUGGGGAGGUACUGGGAGAGGAGGGACUCAAGCAUCCUGUGGCCUAGCCAUCCUUUGAGGCUUUUUCUGGGAGCAAGUACCGAGAGUCCCCACCAUAAACUAAGAAGGCCUGUGCACCUGACAAAAGUUGAGAGACGCAGGGAAUACAGUGUACUUUCAGUAGAGACUGGUGGUGGUAGUGGCAGCUGAUGACCUGGAACCUCUAGUACUCCUGGCUUGCUUUCUGUAUACCUGCCAUGGCCUCCAGGGGGCGCCCUGGGUCCUGAUGCCCCAACCUCAGCUUUUCCAGUGCUUUUGCAAGCUCAGGGAGGCCUCUGGCUUAGUGUCCCCGAUGCCCCUAUGUCUGGCUGGCAUAAACAGCCUAUGCAUCAAGACAUACAAGACACUGGCCUGGAAGCUGGGGAAAUCGCUGCAUCCAUUCACUCAGUCCCCACCCUGGUAUGGCCACAAGCAAACCACGUGCCACUCAGCCUACCUCACAGAGAUGUUCAAAGUUGGACAAGAGAAUGCAUGUUAACAAGAAAUGGACAGUUCAACGCAUUAAACCUAUGUAAGCAGCUGG